AUGAACCCCCUCCCCAUCCACAAACCAAAGCCCAGACCAGCCGCAUCCUGCGCCCCCUGCAGGAACCGAAAAGUAAAGUGCGAUCGCCUCUCUCCCUGCGAAGCAUGCAUCGCGCGCGGCAUCGUGCACGAAUGCAAGUACUCGUCUACAGACGAGGACCGGGAGGCGAUCGCCCAGGCGGAGGUGAUAGCGACGCUGCGGGCGCGGGUGCGACGGCUCCGGAAUGAGCUGGCGGAGGCGGAGGCGGAGGGCCAUGAGAUCAUGGAGUUGAGGGAGGGGAUGAUGACGUCUAGUUCGAGUCAAGGGAGCUCAGGGGCUGCGGCGAGGAAGGCGGAGAAUCAGGCGAUGGAGAUCCUGUAUUCGGCGAUUCGAUUGGGGUCCGCGGAUUUGGUGGGGAGGAUUGUCAGUGGCGUGAGAGAGGGGAGGGAGUUGGUGGAUGUGGUGAGGAUGGUGCAGGUGUAG